CGUCCAGCCCCAGCUCGCCUGACCUCCAAGGCUGGAUCAGGGGCCGAAACCCCACGCGCGUCCGCAUUCUCAGCCGCCCGGGGGAAUGCCCAGUACGUGCCCAGCAACUCGGACGCACCACGGGCCCGCUUCAUAUUCCAGGGACCCUUUGGUCCUCGGGCCACUGGCCUGGGGACUGGAAAGGCGCCGGGCAUCUGGAAGACGCCGGCAGCCUACAUCGGGCGCUCCGCCUUUAUUCGGGAUCUGGAGGAAGGUAAACCCGGUCCUUGGAACCCCAGAGCGGGUGGGACGCAGGCAUUUCCGUGGAGAGUGGGGCCGCGUCGGUUCCAGGCGCCCGGGCCCUUCUGCAUUCAGUCUUAUCGCUCUAUCCAUUUGUGGCUACCGCAGUGCCAGGAGAAGGGUGGGUGCUACCGGAGGGCGCUGCCUGGCGCCCGCUGGGGAGGAGGCUCCAGUGAGUCGGCCAAGGCUGCCCUCUGGGUGCCAGGGACCCAGGCUGCCGAGAAGCAGUUCUACCUGAGCUUGGAAGACUGGGAUCCUUCACCUUGCCCAGCUGCACCCCCUGCUUUUGCAUCCCUGUGUCCUGACCGGCCCCCAUGAGUCAAGAUCACCCAAGAAGCUGUCAGGUUGAUGUUGAAUCUGCUAGAGGACAGAGGGCGGGACCUAAAUACGGUGGCUCCCAUUGGCCAGUCCCUGGUGAAACAGAACCGAGCUCUGAUGGAGGAGAACAGCAAGCUGGAAGCCAUGCUGGGCUCAGCCAGGGAGGAGAGUUUACAUCUCAGACGCCAGCUGUGCUUGCGAGAUGAUUUCCUCCAGCUCUACUCUGACUCUGAUGAGGAGGAAGAGGAGGACGAAGAGGAAGAUGAGGAAGAGGCAGAGGCAGAGGAAGAAGAGGCAGAGCAGCAGCACCAUCAUCCCUAUGGAGCCCGACUUCCGCGUGGGAGGUUGAGUCGCUGCACCUCUCAACUCGAUGCCCUUGAGGAGGAGGAGCAGGUGCUCAUCCUGGAUUUUGUGGAGCAGUUUUCUCAAGCCAGCGUGCGGAUGGCCGACCUGUCGGAGGUGCUGGCGCUCAGGACAGAGACCCAUGACCAGCCGUGGAGGGAGGUCACCCAGCUGCGGAUCCAGGUCCUGAUGCUGUGGUGCUGCUGCCAGACGUAUGGAGCCCAGAUGGAGAAGUUGCAGCGGCAGCUGGCUUUAGAGAAGGAAAUCCAGAUGAGGCUCCAGGAUGAGGAGGCCCUUCCUGGUUUCCAGGAGACCCUGGACAAGGAACUCAGAAUAUCUAUAAGGAAGAUUAUCUCAGACUCUGUGUUUUUUAUGGAAAGGAGUCACGGGAUAAUCUCAGAGGAGACAUCACACCUGGGGUUCAAGCUGUGCGGCAGUGAGGCGCGAGAGCAGGAACGGGGGUUUGAGGCUGAGAAGAGGUUAAUGACAACCGAGGAUUCUGUGCCUUCAGAGGAGCUGGGGGCCACAGAAGAGGGGGUGCCUGCUGUGGACGGGUUGACAGAAGAGGCGGAGCUGGUGUUGGAGGAGGCUGAAGCCUGGGAGGAGGUGGAGCUGGAGCUGGAUGACAGCGUGGUGACCUCGAUGCUGGAGGCCAGCGGCUUAGGCCCCUCUCACCUAAGCAUGAAGUAUGUCCUCCAGCAGGUGGCUGACUGCUGGGACUCGGGGUACAGGUGGCAACUGAGACAGAAGAUGUUCCAGAAAGGUGAGAAGGACCACCUGUUUUCAGAGGAGUCCCCCGGCCCAGAGGCAGACUUGGAAAUAAGGAUUUGAGUUCAAAUAGUUUAUUUGGAGUGUGGUGAUCCCAAAGACCACUGGUGGGAGUGUGUGCG